UUCUACCUCUUUCUCUUUCUUCCCGUGCAAACUCAGUCCUCAUUUCUCUACCUCCUACAGAAACUAGCAAAUCAGGCUGCCGGGGAGGCGGGGAGACAUUGAGCAGCGUGCGAGCGCAGCAAGCCACAGCCAGGGCUUGCCGACCGACGGCAGCCGCGUCGCCCCUUGCUCAGCCAGUCAGCCCGCAACGCUCGCGAGCCGCAGAGGGCGCGAGCAACCCAGCAGGUUCAGAUAACCGCUGUUGCUUCAUGUAGAGGUAGAUCUCAUCAAUUAGCUGGACCUCCGCAUAGCAGUUUCCAGUUCGUGGUGGAUCCGUAAACCACCUGCAUACAGGGCCAAGUCUGAAGUAGGUAUUCACUUCCUUGUUUCCAUUGCUGAUGACUCAGUUGAUAUUGCUUAAAUUUCCUUCCUCCAAGCAGAACCUUUUAUCACAUUUCCGUGUUGUAUUUUGAUACAUGGAGCAGAAAUUGUGCAAGCUCGAUUGGUGUACUGACAGAGGUCAACAAGGAGAGAAGUUAAAUUGGCCAUGAAUCUCUACUGCUUAUUCUACCUGCAAAUAAAUAGAGGCAUAUAAUUUGUUUCAGGUAACUAGUCCGUGUUCAUUUUUCCAUCGGAGAAAGCAAUAGCAUGGACAAUAUAAGUGCGGCGCCAAGGGUUCUCUCAUUCCAGCUGUUAAAUGAAAUCACAAAUGGUUUCUCCAAGGACAUGAAAAUUGGCGCGGGUUCAUAUGGAAAUGUUUAUAAGGGAGAGCAUAAAAAUGGGGAAAUGAUUGCUGUGAAGGUACUUCAUUCCAUUCCAGGACUUGAUAAUGAGCAAUUUGCAAAGGAGUAUCAGAACCUUGCAAGUCUGCAACACGAAAACAUUGUGCAGUUAGUUGGUUAUAGCCAUGAAACUCUGGGAGAAUUCAGACAUCACGAAGGUAGAAUGAUUUUAGUUGAGACGAUAAAGAGAGCGCUUUGCUUCGAGUAUAUGCAAAACGGGAACCUUGAAAGGUUUCUUGCUGAUGAAUCUAAUGGACAUGAUUGGCACACACAUUAUGCCAUAAUCAAGGGGAUUUGUCAGGGUUUGAGAUACCUUCAUGAGGAAUUGGUUCCUCCUAUGUAUCAUCUGGAUUUAAAACCAGCCAAUAUACUGCUAGAUAAAAAGAUGGUGCCCAAAAUCGCAGAUUUUGGUUUGUCAAGGAUCUUUGAAGGAGAACAAACACAAAUUACAAAAGUGCUAUUGGAACACAGUAAGCCUAAUCAUCUAUGUGGAAAAUUAAACCAAAGAGCUACACCGUUGUGCUAUUCUACUCCUGCUCUUAGAAUAUUCAUUGUAUGAACUACAUUGAUUGCUAGAUACACACCCAUUAUAGCAGUGACAUAUAUGAUUUGUCAAUUUGCAUGCAGUGGGUACGUACCGCCUGAAUAUAUCGACGCCGCUAUAAUCUCUAUUAAGUUUGACAUAUACAGUUUGGGCGUGGUAAUCAUAAAGUUAAUGACAGGACCAAUGGGCUACUUUAGAAGUGCUGAAAUGUCGCCUGAACAAUUCAUAGAACUUGUACAUGCGAACUGGAAGAAAAGGCUACAAACAACAUCAAUUUACACAUUGCAGCAACAUUCUGAACAAGUAAAGAGAUGCAUCGAAAUAGCUUUAAGCUGUGUGGACGCCGAUCGACACAAAAGGCCAAGUAUAGGGGCAAUCAUUAAUAUGCUGAAUGAGACGGAAGGGAACAAACCAGGGAGCGUACAGAUGGUGAUCAAGAACAACAAAAUGGCCCCAUUGUUGGAGCAUAAGAAAAAGGUGAUGUUGCAGCUCGCCUGCAGUGACUACACCGGUGACUGGCCGGGUCUCGAUCUGGUGGCCGUCCUAGACAUCAGCUUCGGAAUGUUCAGCCCGAAGAUGGAGAAGGUCCAGACCGCCUUGCGGUUUAUCAUGCGGAAGCUCAGCCCCAUCGACCGCAUCUCCAUCAUCACAUUCUCAGGUUUUGUCAGAGAGUUAUGUUCACUUAGGCAGAUGACUGCAGCCUCGCAGCUGGACCUAGACGAGCUCAUUGAAAGUCUUGGCGACACCCAUGUCCAUGUAUACAGUGAAUCCAACAUUGAGAAUGCCCUCUUAGUCGGGGUCAAGGUCCUCGCCGAGCGCAAAGUCAGCAGCGGCCGCGUCGUAGCCAUCAUGCUCAUGUCCGCAUCCCCGUCGUCCUGGGUGGGCGAAUGCAGCUGGACUAACGUGCCUGUCUACACGUUUGGUUACGGCACAAACGUGAGCCCACGGGUGCUCAAUUCGAUCGCAAUUGCAAGCAUUGGGGGUAUGUUCUCCCACGUCCAGGACACUGACAGUGGCGACCUGACCAUUGCCUUCUCCCAGUGCCUCGCUGGCCUCCUUACCAUCUCAGUUCAGGACCUCGAGCUGAUGGUGGCAGCCGUCGGAGGCGGGUCAGUGAUAGUGAACGUGACCGCCGGGAGCUACAGGCGGAAGCAUGAUGCGUCUGGCCUGGUGACCAUAAGCUUUGGUGACCUCUACAGAAGGGAAGUGCGCAACGUCAUUGUUGAGCUUCACCUCCCAGCAACAGUGAGCGAGCGUGAUGCUGAUAUCCUCAAGGUCUCAUACUCAUACACCAGCAGCUCUUCAGCUGGAAGCCUGCAGUUUGUUGCCCCUCCUGAGACGCUGACCGUGUGGCGCGCCAACAUGGAUGAGUUGCCGUUGCCGAUGGAGCUACAUAUGGAGGAAGUCCGCCUGUUGAUGGCGAGAACCAUGAUGUGGCCCGUUGUGGAGGACGAGUUAAAGUCUCAGAACAUGUUAAAGGCGAUCCAGAGCAUGCUGGAGGACGUGGAGUUGGGCGAUCCACUGCUCAGAAUCGAGAUGCUUGAGCUCAUGGAGCUCUGUAAGACCGAAGAAACCUGCAUGGAGCACUGCCGCGCCUAUGCCUAUGCGUACUCGUCAGAGUCUUCUCACUACCGGCAGCGUUUCACGAUGAGGGGUCGCAACAUGGAGAUGCUGCGUCUCUUUGCAACACCACGCAUGGACAUGUACCUGGAGCAGGCUAAGAAGUUCCACGACGACCCGACGACACCGCUGCCAUCGGCGGACGACGACCUCGAGGAGGAGAUCGGUGCUCAUCCCAUCCAUGUUGCCAGCAGGGAAGAGGAGAUAAAGAGACUGAGCUUGGACGUGGAGGACCCGACGACAAUGGAUGCGGAGGACCCGACGAUACCACUGUCGUCUCAUUCGAGGGAGGCUUCUUCUAGGAGAAACGCCAAUUUUUUUAAUAUGUUCACAAGGCGACCAUUUUUUAGGUGAGUUCUUAUCACAAAUAUGCCACUGGAAACUGGCUAACUGAGUUUGAACAGCAAAUCUGACGAGCUGGAUCGACACGUGCGUAGCUCACAUGCAUGGAUGAGUCGGAAAGGGGACCGCCUGUCAGCAAUCUUUUUGUUUACCUUUCUCCUUCUUCCUCUGUCCUGUUCAAUGAAUCGCCUCGCCCAGGGGAUACCACGAAAGCAUCCACACCGGCGUGCAGAUCCAGCGGACCAUGUCCACCUCAGCAUGGUGUCUGCGUGAGCUAUGCCAUUCAUGUCACCUCUGGCGGGAGAACCCCACAACGCCGUUUUCCCUGUCAAACUGGUGGGCUUUUUAAAAAUAAUUUCAAAAAAGAAAAUAGUGGUGCUUUUAUCAUCAAUGUUGGCAGCAGGGAACAGGAGAGAAGAGAUUGAGCUUGGACAUGGAAGACUAAGUAAGCAGACAUUGACAACUCUCGAGCUUGUAUAUAACCUGCUGUUACCGAAUCUCAAGGUGCUAAACUAAUUAAGCUCUGCUUCAUUAUGUUUCUUCCUCGAGCUAUUGCUAAUCUGCUGUGAUCAUAUACUAGCGCCCUGUUUGGCUUCCGAGAUUUGAAUUUGAUUCAUUCAAAUUUUCCAUUGGGUACUUUUUCUCGGAUCUUCUGCUUGAUUUUUUGGGCCACGAUGAUGAAGUGCUUUUGGUCCAUUUCAGUG